AUGCUCCGCGCUCGGCUCGCCACCGCCCGCCUGGUCGGCAGAAGGCGCCUGGUCGGAAGAAGGCGCUGCAGCUCUAGGGCGGCGUUUGCAGAGGCGGAGACCGAGCGACCGACGGCGGAGCAGCUCAAACGGCACUUCAUCGCGUCCGCGCUGCCAAUGGUUGGCUUCGGCUUCAUGGACAACACGGUGAUGAUCCAGGCCGGCAACGCAAUCGACUGUACGCUCGGCGUGUCUUUCGGCCUCUCCACCCUCACGGCAGCUCCGCGUUUGGCCAGAACCAGCCACACGGAGCGUGACGUGUGCGUGGAAGCCCUGCGAUAG